AUGAAACCGUCAACGCGCUCAAAUAGCGGUACCGAGGAUACAGAUAACGCAGAGGAUACAACAAUCAAUUUCCAAACGCUCGAUGGUAAACUGACCACCUUAAUCCAUCUGUUUAAUCAAAUGGCCCAAGAUGUCAAAAAUAUGAAAUCUAAACAAAAGGAAAUGGGGGCAUCCAUCGAGGCGUGCCAUAAUAAAAUAGAUGAUGUGGUUGUUAAUAUAAAUUCAAUGAAUGGUAAAUUAAAAACGGUUGAGCAUAAUUAUGUUGGUUUAUCAAAUGAGAACGCAACGUUGAAAGUUAAAAUUCAAAAUUUGGAGCGUAAGAUGGAUGAUCUUGAACAAUAUUCGCACAGAAACAAUUUAUUGCUGUACGGCAUUCCGGAGGAUCCCAAUGAAAAUGUAUUGGGGGUUAUUAGAAGAGUCGCACAGAACUUGAACUUUACAGAGUUUUCUACGAAUUUGCUGGUCGCGGCGCAUCGUCUGGGUGUUAAACAGAAUCCCGUUACUUCACAAACUCAAACUAAGAGACCCAUUAUAAUAAAGUUUGUUCGGCGAUUCGACAAGGAGGAGUUUUUACGACUGCGGAAGGUGAAGAGGAACCUUCGUUCUUCAGACCUGGGAUUUGCAGACGAAGGUAUGGUCUACAUAAACGAAUCCCUUACGAGCGAGACAAGGAAGCUUCUGGGCAAAACGCGGGAAUUAGCAAAAUCCAAACAGUUUCAAUUUGUAUGGACUGUCGACGGCAAGAUAUUUGUCAGGAAAGCGGCUGGGCGACCUUCAAUGCGCAUUGGAUCUGUUGCAGAUUUGGAGAAAUUGUAG